AUGUCCACCACCCACUGCUCCAAAUGCGCCUCCGCUACCGCAAAACCACCCCUCCUCACCCUACCCCUCGAGCUGCAACUCCUCAUCCUCCCCCACCUCCCCUACCCCGACGCCCUCGCCCUCAAACACACACACACGCACUUCUACAAUCUAGUCGACACCAACGUCCGCCUCAAAGUCGCCUGGCUGCUCGAGCGCAAGACGCGGCAUCUGGAAGGGCCGCAGGAAAAGUGCGUCAUGAGGACCGACGCCGCGUUUUGCAGCACUGGCGGUGGGCAGGUGAGGAGGAUCAUGGAGACCAGGCGCGCGCAUGGGGAAUGUCGUGCGGGAGAGGGAGGGUGUGAGGUUGUCAUUGGAGCGACUUGCCGGGGUGGGAGGGGUGUGGGGAAGGGAAGGGCGGUUGCGAGGUUGUGGAGGAAGAGGGUAGGAAGGUUCGAGGCGUCAUUGGCGAUGGGGGUGAUUGGGCUACUGGUCAUGAGUUUCGUUGCCAAUCUGUCUUUUGCGAUCAGGUUGUAUCUCACUCGGUGA